AUGACCGAGAGUUUCUGCAACAUCGAGGAUGAGGCUUUCCCCAGUUUCCUGUCUACCUCUGUGGGCAGCGGCCGUGCCACCCUGGGGGACGUCACCCUGGCCUCCACCCUGGGGCUGCCCGUAGCUGCCUCCACCGUGGCUCAAAUUAGAGCUGGGGCCGACAACAGGUGGGUCAGCAGCACGACUUGGACAGAAGAGCAGAGCCUUUUACCACCGGCCCUCACAUCAACAACAAUGUUACUGGAACACAGGGCCCUGCAGAGCUAUAGAGGUGCAGGGUUUUGUUCUAACUCUGUACCCUCUAAUACGGUGUUGUGUAGCACUGAUCAGUGUUCAUAACAAUCUGAUUUCUAAAAAUGAAUCUCACUCAUUUCUCUCCAGAGUAAAUUCGAUCCAGGCGUCGUAUCUGGAGAACGGUCGGCUCUCUCUGGCUAACUCGCAGUCUAACGAGGAGCAGGGGACAUUUUCCCUCAGCUUCACAGAUGAUCUGUGAGUAUCAAGAGUCUUAGCAGCAGUGAAAGUCAUGUGAUUUAGGGCUCUACGCUGACGUGUUUUCCAAGGAGCACGUGCUCCUAAGUUGAAAAAUGAAGGAGCAGAUAAUUAAAUUUAGGAGCACGUGAAAAAUAUUUGAGAUUUUAAUGAUAAGAAUUGUCAACAAUGACAAAUUACAGGGUUAAGGAGCACCAGAAAUUGAUUUUGAAGCUUGAGUUAAAGCAUACAUUGGUCUGGUCAUGCCUAAGGGGUUUAAAGGUGUAUAUAUAAAAAAUAAAAUAAAGCCACGUGGUAUAAUGCUUUUCCCAGUGCUUUACCACACAGUGCAAUGCUUUACCACACGGUAUAAUGCUGUUCCCUGUGCUUUACCACACGGUAUAAUGCUGUUCCCUGUGCUUUACCACACGGUAUAAUGCUGUUCCCCGGUGCUUUACCACACGGUGUAAUGCUGUUCCCCGGUGCUUUACCACACGGUGUAAUGCUGUUCCCCAGUGCUUUACCACACGGUGUAAUGCUGUUCCCGGUGCUUUACCACACGGUGUAAUGCUGUUCCCAGGGCUUUACCGCACGGUAUAAUGCUGUUCCCCGGUGCUUUACCACACGGUGUAGUGCUGUUCCCCGGUGCUUUACCGCACGGUAUAAUGCUGUUCCCCAGUGCUUUACUACACGGUGUAAUGCUGUUCCCCGGUGCUUUACCACACGGUGUAGUGCUGUUCCCAGUGCUUUACCACACGGUGUAAUGCUGUUCCCCAGUGCUUUACCGCACGGUGUAAUGCUGUUCCCCAGUGCUUUACCACACGGUGUAAUGCUGUUCCCAGUGCUUUACCACACGGUGUAAUGCUGUUCCCCAGUGCUUUACCACACGGUGUAAUGCUGUUCCCCGGUGCUUUACCGCACGGUGUAAUGCUGUUCCCCAGUGCUUUACCGCACGGUGUAAUGCUGUUCCCCAGUGCUUUACCACACGGUGUAAUGCUGUUCCCCGGUGCUUUACCGCACGGUGUAAUGCUGUUCCCCAGUGCUUUACCGCACGGUGUAAUGCUGUUCCCCAGUGCUUUACCACACGGUGUAAUGCUGUUCCCCGGUGCUUUACCGCACGGUAUAAUGCUGUUCCCCGGUGCUUUACCACACGGUGUAGUGCUGUUCCCCGGUGCUUUACCACACGGUGUAAUGCUGUUCCCCGGUGCUUUACCACACGGUGUAAUGCUGUUCCCCGGUGCUUUACCGCACGGUGUAAUGCUGUUCCCCGGUGCUUUACCACACGGUGUAAUGCUGUUCCCCGGUGCUUUACCACACGGUGUAAUGCUGUUCCCCGGUGCUUUACCGCACGGUGUAAUGCUGUUCCCCAGUGCUUUAGCAUGCGGUUUGGGAUGUGAAUAUACCCCAUGUUUGUUUCAGUGAAAGAUGUUGCCACCAUUGAUCCUCUCUAUUCACCUCUCAGGGAUGUUGCAGAUGACUCCAUAGCAGCCCACCGGUUCUCAGUGAAUAUGGACGAGACAGAGCCCAGGACUGGAGCCUCCUCCCUCGGCCCCAACACACGGACUGGACCUCUCCCUGGAAGACACUCUGAACAUGGAGAUGGUAACAACUUCCACUCUACCAUUACUUUGGGUUGGUUUGCGGUUCUGUAUGGCCCAGUUGGUAGAGCAUGGUGCUUGCAACGCCAGGGUUGUGGGUUAGAUUCCUGGGACCACCCAUAUGUAAAAUUGUAUGCAUGCGUGACUAAGUCGCUUUGGAUAAAAGCGUCUGCUAAAUGGCUUUUAUUGUUGGGUUGAGAGGUAAACCUAACGUACGAUGUGGUCCAUCCU